AUGACCAGAGAUCUUGGUCCCCUUGCCCAGAUUGGGCUUACCGUCUGGCUACUAUGUGGCCUUGCUUGCUCUGAUGACACAGGAUGUGCAUCUAACGCCCCAUCGCUUCUGGCUGUGAAGGUGGAAACCCAGUCGACCGACCUUGCUGUCCUCGAAGACGAUCUGAUUGCCAGGAAUCUCACAAAUGGCUCCAAUGUGACGUUGGAAGGGCUCGUCAAAAACAACGUCCAAGAUAACAUGAAGGAGAUCAACGCCCUGCCGAACCUGGAGAACCGUAGCAACGAAACUGGCGAUGAGACUCAGAGCAACGAGACUCAGGGCAAUGGUACCGUGAACGGUACCACUGGCAAUGGCACAUCCCAGAGCACCCGGCCACGACACGGUUUCGGGGAGCUGGCUGUGAAUUUGGAGUUUAUCACUCUGAAGCUGGCGCAGCUGGAGACCGUCGCCGAGCUGCAACAAGUCGAGAUCCACAAGCUCCUCAAGAAGGUCGACGAGCAGGACCAGGAAAUCAAGAUGCUGAAAGCCCAGACGGGCACAGAUUCAACAACUCCGGGGUCCAGCUUGGCCCAGGAAGCAGAAAGGGAUCGCGUGGAAGAGGCGCAAGCCGUCUUCAAGAAGGUUGUGCAGAAGCAUCAUCACCAAAGGCAAAAGCGAGAAUUCGUAACGCCGUUCUCAGGCGCCCGACAGGGCCAGGCCGACAAGGCCGGCAAGGCCGGCAAAGCGCAGAAGGCGGCGAGGCCCUCGGCGAGGCAUCCUGUGAAAGCAAAGGGCGAGGCAAUGAUGCAGCGGGCGCAGACGUCUCAUGGAGGCAACCAAAGCUCGCUGGACACGGCGGUUUCUGCGAAAUUUGUGGACGACUUUGUGGACACCGUCAGUGACGUGGGUGGCUCCGCGCUGGGGACCAUUACGGAUGGAACUGGCAUGAUUGGGGAUGCCUUGGGCGACGCCUACCAGCAUGCGGCAGAUCAGGUCUCCUUCGUGGCUAACACCGUGAUCGACACCGUGGAGAUGGCCGUGACUAUCCUGCUCCGUGGCUUUACAGACUGGGAUGCGUCCUGUCCUGACAUGCAGUGGCCGAGCAUGACUGUGAACUCCAACGGGCUCUAUGUCGACUGGGGAAAACAGUACUGCUACAUCAGGCUCAUGGGCCAAAGCAUCACGCUCCUCGACUUUGACUUUGGGGACACGAGCCUUUCUUGGCCAGAGCCCAUCAAGACCGUGACCCGCUAUGGCCUGGAACCUAUCAAGGCGGUGGUGAACAUCGGCAGGGAGGUCGUCAGCUGCGCCACGGAGGGCUCCGUCACCGACGUCUUCAAGUGCUUCGGCAACAAGCUCCUCGAGGUGGUCCCACCUUUGAACUUCUUGAAUCGGGUGGGCGACAUGAUUCAGGAGUUCAUCGAGGUUUUUGCCCACAUCGCCACGGCAGUCAUAAACACGAUCCUGAAGGACAGCAGCUCGCUGAUUCAGCAGGCCGUGAAUUCAACCUUCCCUGCUGUGGGCGACGCUCCUCGGGUGCACCACGCCGGGAGGAAUCUGGUCGUCAAGACCCACGCGCAGCGCCAUCCGGGUGCAUCCCGGGAGCCCUCCAGCCCUGCGCCCCAGCCGGCCGAGCGAGCGCAAGGCGCCACGGAUCCGGUGGGAGCCGUGCAGGUGGAUGCGCUUCAGCAGGAGCGGGGUGAUGACGAUGACGAUUCCCAGGGCGGAAUCUCCUUUGAGAUCCAUGACAACGACGCCAACUAUGCCACGAAGCUGAUCACACAGUUCGGUGGCAAGGAGAUCGACACCAGCAGCUGCCUCGCCUUCGCACCUAAGACCCGCCGGGGCACCAACAAUAAGGUGACGAAGCGAGACUGGCAAGUAGGGGCUGGGGAGGACUUCAUUCAGCUGGAGCCCUGGGCGGUUCCUUGCGACAACUCCUGGAUGCAGGAGAAUCCUGACAAGUGGGAGGGCUACUCCUUCUACACCUGGGAAUCGGCCAUCGAGAAGUGUGUCACUGUCAGCUACAGCAUGUCUACUCAGCCUGUGCUGGCAUUUGUUGGGGGCUUAGAGUUCGACCUGCUGCCGUCGCCUCUGACCGAGAUGGAGACCACUGUGUGCUGGCCGGACAAGCAACCGGGCGGAGUGGAUUUGAGUGUCUUGCGCACUGUAAUCCUCUCUGGGGGCGUCCAGCUCUUCAGCCGCACUCUCCGCCUCACCAAGCGCUUUGGCAGCAACACAGACUUCGAGCAGGGCAACAUCUACCCAGCACACGAGACAUGGCGAAACCCCAUUGGCAUUGCCACCGGCCGGCAUGGCGUCGAGGACGACCGCUCUCUGGAGGCCAUGAACCGGGAGGCCUUGCUCCAGAACGAAACAAAGACCACUCGCAGAGCCAAAGAGCGCAGUCGCCGCCCCUCGAAGCGAGACCUCCAUUGGAACGAGGAGGAGGUGUACCUGGCCUCCCUGCUCUACGACCGCUUCAUGAACACCAGUUUAACAAGGCAGCUCAAGGGAGAGGAGGCGCGACGCCACCUCCGAUUCAUGCAGGAGGAGAGUGGGUCGCAGAGCGACUUCGAGCUCUUCAGCUUCAGCAACCCCGGCUUGGUGUCCUUUAACAUCCGUGGCAUCCUGGCCAACAACGACCUGCAGAUCGGACUCAAGGUCAGCUUUGGGCCUUUCACCUCGCCAGAGAAGCGGAUCACCCUGGUAAACAUCGUGGACCACUAUCGCCUGGUCCUGUCAGCCAUGCCGUUCGUCUCCGUAGACACGCGCGUCAAGGCCCUCCAAGCCCUGAAAGACUUCUCGGCCAGCGACGUCGCCAAUGCGUCUCCCAGCUCCACGGCGGUGGUGGGAGAGCAGCGACUGGGGCAGAACUACGUAAGCGAUAACAAGAACUACCUGGUCUUCAGCACGCGCCAGCAUGGCCAGGUCACGAACCUUUGGAAGGGCCUCAUGGCCGGAGACAUGACGUGGGAGGUGGUCAUGAAGUUUCAUGACACACCCCCGUGGCAGACCAACAUCAUGGGUACUUACGAGUUUGCUGACAACACUUACAGUACAUCUAAUCGCCGACGUUCCGUGGGUCUUUUCAUUCGCCCAGAUGGAAGGCACUUCAUCGGCGCUGCAUUGACGCAGCAGUCACAGGGGGGCAGCGCAGCAGCUGGCCCUAACCUGUUCGAUCACAAGUGGCACCACGUAGUCCUGGUGCUCUCCAAGAGCACGCAGAAGGCCUACUACUUCAUCGACGGCGUCCUGAUCAACUCCUACGACUACCGCGUGGGUACUGACAACCCAUCGAUUGAUGGGACCAUAACCAUCGGCGGUGGCCAUCUCUCGCGAAACUUCAGGAACGAGGUGAGCCGCUUUGCUAUUUGGAGCCGGGCAUGGUCCCAGGACGAUGCGACCAAGGCCAAGACUUGCAACGUGGACACCCGGGGCCUGAAGGUCCUGUACACCCUGGAUGGUGGCUACGAGGACAUCGAGGAUCACUACCUCGACCUAAGCAGCAAGGGCUCCGCCGGAUCAUUCGCGGCCUGUACCGACUGCCAGCACUGCGCCACUUAUGCCAGCACAGCCGUGAGCAUCCGCUGA